AUGGUUGGAGUAAAUAUUUUUAAUUCUCAAUCAAAAGAGAAUGAUCCGUCAAAUGAUAAAAAAAAAUUGGUCGAUGGUGAUGCGGUUGUUGACGUUGUGGAAAUAAAGGACGGUUUAGAAGAUUCAACAGUACUCGCAGCUGGUGUUCGUCAACGUAAAAAACAAGCAUCAGGUUUAUUAAUUUGUGUUUCAGUUGUUUUAUUGCUUAUUUGUAUCACAGUUGGUGGCUGGUUACUUUAUGAUUUUUUUAAUCGUACACCACGUAGCUGGCAUCGUACAUGUAAAUAUCGUUUAAAACCAACUCAGGUCGAUGAUGGUGAAAUACUUUUUGAUCAUGGUGGUCUUGUAGCAUUUGAUGAUGGAAAUAACCAUUUAUUACCACCUGUUCUUAAAGACAAUAAUGAUGUACCUAAUCCAAUCAUUAAAGAUAAUCGAAAAGAAUUUCAGCAAGAUAUUAACGUGGAUGUAAAUAAUAAUUUGGCAACAAUUGAUGUACCACCACAACUCGAUAUUUCAAAUCGUAUACGAGUUGUGCACGACUUUGAACAUAAUAUAACAGCUAUACACGAUUUUACUCUUGAACAAUGUUUUAUAACACCAUUAGAUCGUGAACGUAUACCAAAUCCAGCUAAUCUUAUUGAUACAUUUUUAAUGAUGAUGUCUGGCAAUUUCUUACCAGAUAAUGAAUUAAUUCGUAAAACAAUGAAGGUUCAAAUGCCAGCGUUAACUGAUAAACAAUUACUCGAAGUUUAUGGUCCAGUGGUUGCUGAGGAAUGCAAUGGAAUUAAAGCAUAUCGUCUUGUUAAAAAAACAGCUGAAGAAGAGAAAAUUGCUCGCCAACGUCGUGAAGCUAGACGAAGUCCAUAUGUCUAUUCGGUCGGACGAACAGCAUUUGCCGUCGAUGUUGAUUAA